UUGGACUUUCCAUAUUUCCAUUUGGCUUUGCUUCUCUGCUCUUCUCUGAGCCUGUUUUACUUAUUAUAACUGCAUUUCAGGAAUAAGGCGAAUUUGUUUAGGGGGAGAAAAUGGACUAUGUUAAUGGACCUGGAAGGAACCAUUUGUUUGUUCCGGGACCUGUUAAUAUCCCGGAACAAGUUCUACGUGCUAUGAACCGAAACAACGAAGAUUACAGGUCCCCAGCUGUUCCAGCUCUCACAAAGACCUUGCUUGAGGAUGUGAAGAAGAUUUUCAAGACUACUAGUGGAACUCCAUUUCUGUUCCCAACUACAGGAACUGGUGCAUGGGAAAGUGCACUCACAAACACGUUGUCUCCUGGUGAUAGAACUGUAUCGUUCCUCAUCGGUCAGUUCAGUCUGCUUUGGAUUGAUCAACAGAAACGCCUCAACUUUGACGUUGAUGUUGUUGAGAGUGAUUGGGGACAAGGUGCAAAUCUUGAGGUUUUGGCCUCGAAAAUUGCAGAAGAUAAGUCUCAUACCAUCAAGGCGGUUUGCAUUGUGCAUAACGAGACAGCCACUGGAGUUACCAACAACUUGGCUACUGUAAGGAAAAUACUCGAUCACUACCAGCAUCCUGCCCUCUUCCUUGUUGAUGGAGUGUCCUCAAUUUGUGCACUUGAUUUCCGUAUGGACGAAUGGGGUGUAGAUGUGGCACUUACUGGUUCCCAGAAAGCACUUUCCCUUCCCACGGGGCUCGGGAUAGUCUGUGCUAGCCCUAAGGCUCUUGAGGCCAGCAAAACUGCAAAAUCAGUGAGAGUUUUCUUCGACUGGAGCGAUUACCUUAAGUUCUACAAGCUGGGAACUUAUUGGCCGUAUACUCCUUCCAUCCAACUUUUGUAUGGUCUGAGAGCAGCUCUUGACCUUCUUUUCGAGGAAGGCCUCGAUAAUGUGAUUGCAAGACACGCUCGUCUUGGCAAAGCAACAAGACUUGCUGUGGAGGCAUGGGGUUUGAAGAACUGCACUCAGAAGGAGGAAUGGUUCAGUGAUACAGUCACAGCCGUUGUUGUUCCUCCACACAUCGAAAGUUCUGAAAUCGUGAAAAGGGCAUGGAAGCGAUACAACUUAAGCUUAGGUCUCGGCCUAAACAAAGUUGCAGGAAAGGUUUUCAGAAUAGGACAUCUUGGAAGCUUGAAUGAGUUGCAACUAUUGGGAUGUCUUGCUGGAGUUGAAAUGGUACUUAAGGAUAUUGGUUAUCCAGUGAAGUUUGGUAGUGGAGUUGCAGCUGCUAGUGCUUUUCUGCAAAAUUCAACUCCACUUAUUCCAUCAAGAAUUUAAUUCAAUUAUUAUUAUUAUUAUUAUUGAAAGUAUACAAAACCAAUGCAUGUAAAUUAUUCUCUUCAUGUAACUUUUGUUUCAAUGUUCAAAUACUGGUUGAGAAUACUUUUGUAAAAUUGCAAAAUUUCCUUCUUCUGAUGA